AUGGACUUGACAUGUGAACCAUUGGCCCCAUUACGACAAAGUCAGGAAAGAUUCAGGAGUCCAGAUAUUUCUCGAAGACCAUUGGGAGGAGAAGCUUUGGCUGCUUACACAGUCAAAAAGUCACGUCGUGCUAAGUCAACGGAACCUACUGCUCUUGAUACCAACGUUCCACUUGUGAAAUGUUCUAACGAAGAGGAAAAAGUAAAGGAAGUUCUAAACGAUGAAAGCAUGGACAAACGGUGGUCAUUAAUAGCCAAAAACUACGAAAAUAUGUCGAAGCAAGAGAUCAUGAAUAACUACAGAUUACUCAUGAGCGAAAAGCUACGAUUGGAAAGGUUUCUGUCCAUAAUGACCAAAAAUAAUGAGAUGGCUCGCAAUCGCUUGGAAUCCGACCUAUUAGAUGCCAUGAUGUGUAUAGAAGACUUAAAACAAGCUCUUGAGAUUCGUUUGGCACGACGACGAAAAAUUGAUCCUCGAGAAGCUGAGGAAAGAAGGUAUUUGAUUCGUCAAAACAAGAAAUUACUAAACCAGUUAUUUGAAUCAGCAAAGAAAAUUGAAAGAUUGGAGGUAACCAAAGUAGAAAUGAAAGAACAACUGGAAUUACUGGAUUUCCAAAUUGUCGAAGUUGAGAAUCAGAAAGCUAUGAUUGAGGAAGAAUUGAGAAAAAUUCCCCCAACUUUACAUGAGGGAACUCAAACCGAGGAAAGUUCCGAUAGCCAUCAGUUGAUAUGUCAAUUAAAAGAACAAUUAAGUCUACUGAGAAGCGAUUUAUCCAAUCAAAAAGCUGAAACAGCAGCUGCUGUUGCUAAACACAUUCAUAUGGAUAAUUUAAUUAAAGAAUUACGCCGUGAUAAUAUUGAAUUACGUGAUCAAUUAUCUCAUGUUGAUGAUGCUGAAAAUUCACUAGCUGAAAGUGAUAAACCGAUAGCUGCUGAUGUUAAACUACUUAAAGCUCAAUUAGCUGAACAGUUAGAACGUGUCAAAGAUUUAGAAGAAAAAUUGAAUUCAUCAAGAUUGUAUUCAGAAAAAUUAGAAUCCCGUGUACAAGACCUUAUAGGAAAAAAUAGCUGUCAUCCAUCUACUGAAUCUGUAUCAUUCGAAAUAGAUCAUUCUGAGCAAAAUACAACUGCUGUACUUCACUCAAUGGACGAUACCAAACCGGUUACUGUUUCUCAAUCACAACCACCUCCAUUAAAAACAACAGGAGCACAACCUAAAGUAGAUGAUAUACUUCUUCAACAAACAAUUCAUACAUUUCAGGCACUUUUAGAUGAACGUGAUCAAGAAAUAAGUCAAUUAAAAAAACAUAUUGUACAAAAUCCAUCUAACACUGAGUUAACAUCAGAUAUAAAUCUACCCAAAUUAUACGAAUCAUCAAUUCAAACAGAAUUAAAUAAUGAACAAAUGGAAAAACUAUCAAAUUUAAAAGAUACUUUAAAUUCAGGUGGUCAGUUAUUGACUAGUGAACAAUAUGAAACAUUGAACAAUGAAUUAAAUGAAACAUUGAAAACAUUAACAAACAACCCUGAUAAUCGUAAUAUACCAUCGUCUGAACAAUUAUCAUCAUCUACAAAUGAAAAAGAAAAGUCAACUCAGAACUAUGGUGAUCUAAUUCAAACAGUGAAUAAAUUAAGAAAAGCAUCUGAAACUAUUAAACCAAUGUCAACUUCAUCCGAGUUAAAACCAAGUGAUAUCGUUGAUCAGGCGAAUCCAAAUACAAAUAAUGUUGAUCAAAAGCUGGUAGAAAAUUUACGUUGUCAAAUUGAAAGCUUGAAACAAGAAAUAAAAAGAUUACAACGUGGUGCAUCUACAGCUGAAGAACGAACUGUUAAUGGAAAUACUGGUGAAUUUCAUACAUCACACAGUUCUCCAAGUCAUUUUUAUUCAAUGGAUCCGUAUGGAAGUGUGGAUAAACAAAAUGAAGAAAAAUCCUAUUCAUUACAUAAUCCAUCAUACUACAGCACUCAGUUGCAAGAACUACGUCAAACUGGUGACUUAGAGUUAGUUCGCGCACACCUUAGUUUGUCUGAACGACGUCGACGUGAGCUUGAAAGACGUAUAACCGAACUGACUGAUGAGUUAGCACGUUCUCGUGCUGAAGCCCGUUCCGCGGAAACUAGUCUUUCUGCUGCUCGUCGAACCGAAGCUGCACUAAGAAGACGUCUUCUUGUUGCUAUGGAUUCUCGAGGUUCACCUAAUGGAAAUUAUGAAAUGAAUAUAUCACGAAAUUCACAUGAAUUCUCUUCUAACGAAAGUUCAGAAAUGAUGAAUGCUUUGGAGUUACAAGCAGAUAUUAUUAAACUUCAAGCUACUAAUGCUUCUCUAACGGAAGCUGCUUUACUUGAUCGAACAAGAUUGCAUGAUCAAGCUAUGCGUAUAGACCAGUUAGAAUCAGAGCACAAAGCUUUACUUGAUCGAGUUUCAUGUCUUCAGGCAGCUGAAACUGGUGCACAACGUGGUAUUGUACGUUUACAAGCUCUUUAUGAAGAUAUGCUACGUGAAUACUCAGAGUCUAAACCACUAGAACUAUCUAACGUUCGUGGACGUCAUCAUCAGAGAAGCAGCUCUCGUAACUCUAGAAAUAAUGAUUUUAUUACAAAUGCUAAUUAUAAUGAUAAAUAUCGUGCUACAUCACGAAAUAAUGACGUAAGGGCAACAGAACAACAGAUUUUGGAAGUUCAAGCUAUGAAUUCUCCACGCAAACGAUCUAUAUAUGAGAACUCAGGGGAAAUCGUCACUGCAUCAUCUACAACAAUUCCAGUUGGUUCAUGCAAUUCACCAGUUUGUAUUGCUGUACGUAAUCUCCUGAAAGCAUUUCAAGAUCGUUAUAGUGAUUUAAUGGAUCAAUUUAUACAAAUUCAACAUAAUCCAACAUUAACAAAUGGUCAUUUAAAUGAAAUGAAUAUUAAUAAUAAUAAUAAUAAUAAUACUCAUGAUAAUAACAAUAGUAUAAUUCUAAGAAAAUCUUCACAAACUUCAGCAUUCAUUAAAGAAUUAUAUACUCAAUUAAAUAAUAUUUCAAAUUUAUUAAAUGAAAAUAAUCAUCAAAUGAUUCAAAAUUAUGAAUUAAAUGAACAUAUUCAAUUGUGUAUACGAUUGAUUCAUUCAUUAGAUAAUUGGAUUAAUUCUUGUUUAACACAGAAUGAUAUGGAAAUUGCACAUCUUCGUUUGUUCAUUAUGAAUUUACAAUUACGUAAUAAUAAUAAUAAUAAUAAUAAUUCAACUGGUAUAGAACAAAAUACAACAAUAUUUACUUCAUCAAUGAAUAGUCCUGGUAGUAACGAUAAUAAUGAGCAAAAUAAACAAACUUUUUCAUGUUCAAUCAGUAUAAACAAAAAGCAGGACCCUAGUAAGUUUCUACUUAAUGAACAAGAGUUAUUUAACUUAAGAGAAAAGUUAAGGCUAACUGAAGCUCAACUACAAUUAACGUCUAUGAUGCAAACCACUUAGAAUUCGUUGAUUCUGGCAGUGUUUUUGAAUAAAAAAAAUAAAGUAACAAAUAACUCAUGCUACAUCAGCAAUACACAGUUAUUUCAAACGGUAUCAUUUUUAUCACCCAUUUUUCUUUGUCUUGUUUGUUUUCUGAAUUUUAUCUAAUCAGUCGUUUUGUUAAGAAAUUCAUAUAUAUA